UUUGGCUCCGAUUCUGGAGUUUUGACAUAUUCGUGCCAGGACUUCGACAACGGAGGUGUUGUUUACACGUCUUCCUUAAACCAGAGUGAUUGUCUUCGAAAUGAUGACGGCGAGCUUUUGUUCCAGAAUGGCGGAGGAGCUGCCUGCACAAAUUGCUUCGAGCAAGCUGGUGGAGUUGAGGAUAUUGAUGGGGCGUAUGCAUUGAAGCUUUUCCACGACAACGGCGACCCUGGAUAUACCGAAAAAGGCCGUGAUUUGAACCGAUUCCGCUGCGAAUUAAAUGCAUAUAAGAAGCUUCUGACUUCUGGUGUCUGUGCGCGCGGUUUCGUUCCAAAAUUAUACGGCUACAUCAAUCGAAUGGAUCCCGCAGCAUUCCGCCCUGCUUUCCAACAUUUCGCCCAAGACAAGUUAAAGCCGAGGGCAAUAUUGCUAGAAUAUCUCCCUAAUUCAGAGAGUUUAAACUGCGUGAACUACUCGGACGCGCUCUAUCCCCAGGCAAUUGAGGGCAUGAAGGAGAUACACAAGGCGGGUGUUCACCACCACGACACCUACCCCAGAAACCUUCUCCUUGUCCGUGAAAACCCCGAUAGGCUGGUAUGGAUUGACUUUGAUGUUGCAACGACCUUCACCAACUUUGGAUGUGAACAACUGUCUCGCUGUGACUAUGAAGUUGCGCUUGUGAAGGGAUUCGGGGAAGCACUGAGAGAUGACCAGGCCGAGGGACUCCCCCCGAAUACGAAAUUCUAUUAA